AUGUCUCAACCGUCGAACAAGAAGCGCAAAUCGAAUCCCUUUGGAGACAGUCACACACCUUCAAAGAAACAGCGGAAACAGCCAGACGCAGCAAAGGACGAAUCCUUCACUUCAGAUCCAUCCACUCUUGUUGCCGAGGAAAUACCAUUUACUCUGCAAUGUCCUGUGCGCAGUCUGUCGAAGAAAGGCAAGAAGCAGGCAGUGAGAGAUGAUGUAUUCGGACCGCAAACGGAAGACGGAGGAUUUCCAAACCUGAAGAUCAAUUACACGAUCCGACCUGGGAAGGCAUGGACAGAUAUGAAGACAUAUCGCAACUUCAGCAGUAUGUUCAAGUCAAUGCGCAUCCGGCAUGGGAAGGAAAAUACUGACUCAGCAACUCCAGUUCAGAACCAGAAGUUUUCAUCAGGAUCGUUGGUGUACGUCAACAGGCGCAUACCACCCCCUAUCCCGCCCGAUAAAGAUGCUUCCGAAGCCGAGAUCCUCGCGUUCGACAAGAAGAAUCUUUGGGUAGGCCACGUCCUUGAAGUCAGGGCCGCAAGUCCAAGCCAAGUCUUGCUGCGUGUGUUCUGGUUGUACUGGCCUGAGGAGCUACCUGGAGGACGGCGCAAAUACCAUGGCAAUCAGGAAUUGGUAAUGAGCAAUCAUAUGGAGAUCGUGGAUGCCAUGGCUGUAGCAAGUGGCGCAGACAUCAACCACUGGGAUGAGCGGAUUGAGGACCAAGAUGUGGGCCAACGUUUCUGGAGACAGUUCUACGAUGUACGACUGGAGAAGACGAAGACUGGCGGCUUGAGCACAAUCAGGGAACAUUGUGUUUGCAAUGGAUAUUACAAUCCGGACAACACGAUGCUGAAAUGUCCCAAUCCACGAUGCGGUAUCUGGAAUCACGAAGAAUGUUUACAAGAUGCAAUCCUGGCGCGCACCUAUGGACGACUGGUGGGGGACAAGAACUCUGUCAAGGCAGAGCCGAUAUCGUUACCGGCUUCCAAGAUGGCUCAGCUCAAGGCCAAUGUCAAAUCCAAAUUAGGAGUUGGGCAGAAGAAAAAGGGCACAGCUGAAGGACUGCCGCCGUUGACGAACUCGACCCCAGACUCUUCACCCUGGAAAGGUCUCUUAAAGGCUGAAAUUGCUGUGGAUGAGAAAGGAGGCAAGACACUUGUGACUAUCACUGAUGAAAGAGCGCAACAUCCAGAGGUAUGGACCGAGGGUAUUCAGUGUCUCAACUGUGGAACUACAAUCGAUUGA